AUGACGACUCCGGCCAUGGCAUACCGGACCGCUCGGUCGGUCGGCCUUGCCCGCGGCGGUGCGGCACUUUUGCGCUGGAACAGCUCCGUCGUCGAUGUCUCGCCGCUCAAGUUUGACCCCCCAGCGCCGCCCGCCACGCAGCAGCGCGAGAAGCUCCAGGAUGAGGCCAAGAGGAAGAUUUUCUACGAUGCCGUCGCGGCAGACCACGUGCGCAACAACUGGACGCGGCCCGAGAUUGCAGCCAUCUACUACCAGCCGCUGCUGGAACUGGCACACCAAGCUAACAAUGUCCACCGCAAAUUCCACAAGUCCGGCGAGGUGCAGCUGUGCACGCUCAUGAACAUCAAGACGGGCGGCUGCACCGAGGACUGCUCGUACUGCGCGCAGUCGACGCGGUACCAAAAGGGCACCGGCCUUGAGGCCAAGCGCGUCGAGACGGUCGAGAGUGUGCUGGCCGCGGCGCAAAAGGCGCGCGACAACGGCAGCACGCGCUUCUGCAUGGGGGCCGCGUGGCGGGACAUGCGCGGGCGCAAGAACUCGCUCAAGAACAUCACCACCAUGGUCAAGGGCGUCAAGGCCAUGGGCAUGGAGGUCUGCGUCACGCUCGGCAUGAUUGACGGGGAGCAGGCGCGGCAGCUCAAGGACGCCGGCCUCACGGCGUACAACCACAACGUCGACACGAGCCGCGAGUUCUACCCGUCCGUCAUCUCGACGCGCUCCUACGACGAGCGCCUGCAGACGCUCGGCCACGUCCGCGACGCGGGCAUCAACGUCUGCUCUGGCGGCAUCCUGGGGCUGGGCGAGUCGUCUGAGGACCGCAUCGGCCUGCUCGAGACGGUGAGCACGCUGCCCUCGCACCCGGAGAGCUUCCCGGUCAACGCGCUCGUGCCCAUCAAGGGCACGCCGCUGGGCGACCGUGAGCCCGUGGCGUUUACGAGCAUGCUGCGGACGAUUGCGACGGCGCGUAUCGUCAUGCCCGCGACCAUUAUCCGCAUCGCGGCGGGGCGCAAGACGAUGAGCGAGGAGAAGCAGGCGCUGUGCUUCAUGGCGGGCGCCAACGCCAUCUUCACGGGCGAGAAGAUGCUGACGACGGACUGCCACGGCUGGGAGGAGGACAAUGCCAUGUUUGGGCGCUGGGGCCUGGAGCCGAUGAAGAGCUUCGACAAGAAGCCGGCCGAGGAGGGCGUCCGCGCGGACGUGGCCAAGCAACUCGGUAGCAUUUGA